GGGGACUACGGCCCCUUUGAUACUAGUGCUGCAGGUGAUGAUGGACCCGACGGUGAACCUCCGGUUGGUUCACAUCCAGAUCCAGGUGAUGCAGCAGGAGUGCCAUCGUCAGGCUCUACAAGUGCGCACACAUUAGCAAGCAGCGGGUCUAAAAGAUCAAGAGCCGGUACUUCUGAAGUUUGGCAAGACUUUGAAAGGAUCUACAAAGAGGAAGAUGGGGUAAGUGUCAGGUAUGCUAAGUGUUAUAUUUGUAAAAAUGAAUUAUCUGUAAAGCCCUCGGGUGGAACGGGGCACUUGAAGAGGCACGCCAUAAGUUGCAAGCGAAAGAGUGGAGCAGCCAUGAAGCAGACGGUGUUGCAGUACAACCCCGACGGCUCUGUUCAUCAUUGGGAGUACGACUCUGCCAAUGCUCGAAAAGAGCUAUGUCGCUUCAUUGCAAGAGCGGAUCUACCACUCAAUAUCGGUUCUUCAUCAAGAAGUUCAGACUCUUCGUCACGAUCGUCUACGGGCACCGGAAUUCCAACAUCCGGAGGGGAGCUAACUACCUUCAUCGACAGUGACGUUAUCAGCCACGAACAAGAAAACUUCAACAUACUGCAAUGGUGGCAUGAGCACAAGACGAAUUAUCCAGUCCUUUCACUGUUAGCGCGAGAUUUGUUAACGGUUCCUGUAUCUAUAGUUUCUUCUGAGGCUGCCUUCAGUCUUACAGGAAGGAUAAUCGAAGAGAGAAGAACAAAUCUGUCAAGUGAGAUAGUUGAAAUACUCACCAUAGUAAAGUAUUGGGAACAAGCUGAAGCACGAAUACAACACACUGCAGAAAAUACUGAGCUUGAAGAAUCAUUCCAAAAUUUGUAUCUAGAUGCUGAUGAGAACGUGUAAUUUUAAAUUUUCUGAGCUAGGUUGUACUCUUUUUUCCUUUGCUAGAAAGGUUUUUAAUGAGGCAACCUAUCAAUAAAGCUCAUUUUUAGAA